AUGCGGGGCUUCCCUGCUUCGGGGUACAGGGACCUCCCCGAGUCCUUGAGCCGCCUCCUUCAGCCCAAGAGCCCCCACAAUGACCCAGGCGGCCUAGAAGAGGAAUGCUCGAGCUGUUUGUGUGGUUACUGCCCCGUGUGUGUGGGCGGGCUUGCUUUGCUCGCCCCUCCACCCCCACAUACCCUUCUGCGGGCCGCUUUGGAGUCUGAGACCCGCGGGCCGAGAGGAAGCGCCGGGCUGGAGUCUCAAUCUGGCUCUCUUGGCCGAGAUGCAGCUGCCUGCCCCGGGAGCCUGGACUGUGCCCUGAAGAGGCGCUCCCGAUGUCCCCCAGGUGCGCAUGCUUGCGGGCCGUGCCUUCAGCCCUUCCAGGAGGACCAGCAGGGGCUGUGUGUGCCCAGGAUCCGCCGACCGCAGGGGAAGGGGCCCCCCCUGCCCAGGCUGGAAGAUGAGAUCGACCGCUUGGCUCAGCAGCUGGUGCUGGAGGAGGCCAGGCCCUCACAGCUCCUGGCGCAACCCCUCCCUGAGGCCCGACAUCGGCUCCUGGAGCCUGCAGUUACCCCAGGUUCCUCAGAGCGUGAUCAGAGACCUGAGCCUGGCCUGCCCUCCACUCGGGGAGCCCCCACGCCCACACCCCGCACCUCCUUGGGCGCCCCAGCGUCUUCUGGGCCAGUGCACAUUGCGCCCCUGGAGCCCCGGGGUGGGCAUGGUGAGGGCCUUGCCUUCGUGCUCCUCAUUGUGUUCUGCAUGUCUGGCGCCACCGCCCUCGCUGUGGCCACGCUCUGCUGGUGUAGGCUGCAGCGAGAGAUCCGCCUGACCCAGAAGGCCGACUAUGCAGCUGCAAAGGCACCCAGCUCGCCCAGGACACCCCGGAUUUCGCCCGGGGACCAGCGGCUGGCACACAGUGCGGAGAUGUACCACUACCAGCACCAGAGGCAGCAGAUGCUGUGCCUGAAGCGGCACAAGGAGCCCCCCAAGGAGCUGGAGGCGGUCUCUUCGGAUGAGGAGAAUGAAGACGGCGACUUCACGGUGUAUGAGUGUCCGGGCCUUGCACCGACUGGGGAGAUGGAGGUGCGCAACCCACUGUUCGACCACUCCUCGCUGCCGGUGCCCCCGCCGGGACCCUGCUCACCGCCCCCACUGCAGUGACCGAGGCCAUGCCCACCACUUGCUCACCGCUGCCCGCAGUGGCAGGAGCCUGGGGAAGAACGCUGCUGACCGUGCCCAUGCCAAGGCUGACACUGGUGCAGGGCCCCUGCCAGAGAGAGCCUGCUGUGUGCCGGGAGACCUUGGUCCCCUUGUACCUCCCCUGUCCAGUCUGAGGCUCCAAACUGGAAGGAGAGGGGCGAGCCCAGGUGUGGCUGGGGAAUCCUGGAGACAAAAGCCAAUUAAAGUACCUUUAAUGCCCGCGCUUUCGGCUGUGCUGGAGGUU